UUUUGCAAUCGAUUGGGAAUACAUGGCGAUCGCCGAUCAGCUGGAGGCGGCUCCUCUGCCGUCACAACAGACAAUAUGCAUCGCCAUAAGUUUCUGGAUUACUAUAUAUGAUUUCAUUUGCUCCAUACUUCUAAAAAUACUAUUUCUCAAAAAAAACACUUUUUAUAUAUUGAUUAGAACAUUUAUAUCUUUUUAUAAGCUAUUUAUUAGGUUUUUAACGUAUAGUAAGACUUAAUCUUUCCUAUAAGCAAAUUGAUAAUCCAUUAAGUUAAGAAAUGGUAAUCCAUUAUUUUUCAUUCACAAAUAAUCUAAAAGGAACUCUGCCUUGCACAUUCUUUAUUGUUUGAAUGAUUUUACAGUUCUUGAGGAGAUAUCGGGAGGUAUCACAUUUUUUAACGUAAAAUUUAGUAUCUCUCAGUUCCUUCAAUGCUAGGAGGAUGUUUAGUGGCAGCAACAACAGGUCCGAUUACCAAUUGUUCUUCCGAACCAAAGGUGCUUUCAGACCUCUUGACUGGAACUGGCUGAUCGCCAUCGUCUGCAUUCUGGAUGUUUGGAAGCUGUUGAUUCCCCUUCCCCAUAAGAAUGUUAUGGCAGCUGUAGUGCUUUAUGCUAUGAUAAUUCUGCUUAUACUUGGCAAGAGUAUGACUCCAAAGUUUCAGCCAUCACUACGCAACCCGUUACGCCGUGCCAUAUCACUAUGGAGCCCCUUAGCUGCGAUACUGUUGAUGACUCCAGCCAUGCAGCAUGACCAUUCAAGGGACUUUGUCAGGAACAUUACAGGAAACGGAUCGAUAACCACAAGAACGGGUGGCUUCGCUCCAACUAGGUCCACAGUAGUUGCCAAAUGGAUAGUAUUUCUACUAUUGCUGGUAUCCGUCCUCGUGGUGACAAUCAGCAGGCUAAAGUUCCCAAGAAUCAUCAAAUUGUUAGAUAGUGCUUGGGGCAGAAAACUAGUGUCUUGGCGUCGAUCUAUUCAGAACAUUUGCAUGCUUGCUGCGCUAGUGAUGGUAGUACUGACUACUGAUGGCUUCUUUCGGUUCAUGAUAAUCGGGAUGCUAGUCAUUGUUGCUGUGAUGGUGUCGUCGGGCAACUUGCAGAUACCAGCAGCAGUCUUGCGUGUUGUGUUCGCAGGCCUCGCACUGUCACACCUUAUGGCACUACAUAAGAACAACAAAGAAGACGAAGAGACUAACCUGGUACCAUCUCUCAUUGUCUUCUAUGCGAUGGUGACGGCCCAAGGAAUACUCUACACCGUGGCAUGCACCCUCGAGAUCUUCUCAUUCAUCCCCCGGAGAUCCCUCAUCCGGCGUGCUGGAUUCAGAGGUCAGCUGGGAGUGGAAUAUGUCAAUCUGUAUUAUGCAUAUGCCUUGGAGAAAUGCAUGGAAAAGGCUGUGUUUGCUCCGAAGAAAACCAGCCUGGGCAACUUUGCCAUGGAUUCCCUGAACUCAGACUCUCCCAAGAAUCAUCUCUAUGGGAUUCAACUGAUGCAUAGCCUUCUGGAGAAGGAGACGACAAGGGCGCGGCUCCUUGAAAAGCUCAUCACUUCUACAAAGACCAUGGCUAGGAUAAUAAGUAUGUUGGGCUGGACUAGCCCAAAUUAUAUGAUGGUCAGAUUAUAUGCCGCGAAAGUAACUGCUGAGCUUGCGAAGGACCUCCAAGUUAUCGCUGUUCCUAGGGCAAUGCAGCUUGUGUCUGCCCUUCUGGACACCGAUGGCAAACUUAAAAAGGGAAAUCCACUUCUGCAGGUAGACGAUGAACAAGAGGAGAGGCAGGAUCCCAUUCUCAGCACAGCAAAUAGCCAAGAGGAAAGACCGAAUGCAAUUAGGAAUGCAGAUGAUCCCCCAAAGCAAAGACAACAAGAGACACUUCAAGGCACUGAUAACCUGCCGGAGACACAAACUCGAUCAGCCCACAUCCAUGAACAGAACUGCAUAAUCAGAAGCUUGCAGAAGAUUUCAGAGUACUGGACAGUUCCCAAGGAGCAUCCAUUGACAUACCAUGAUCAACUUCCUGCACUUGGCAUGUUGAUUGUUGACAAGCUUGCUAGUUGUGAUCAAAAUAACUGUGUGGAAAUUGAUAGAGUAACUGACCUCAUUCCGAAGAUCAUAGGAUUUACAAGCUUCAGAAGUGACACAAUGAACAGUGAAGCACAGCAAAUGGUCCUAGUGAAGUCAUCACUGAAGGUGUUGCAGAGGCUGACAAGCAUUGAAGGGGAAAUCGGCAAAGCACUGCGGUACAAGAUAUCGAAGCAUCCCUUCUUGUUAAGAAACCUCGCAGAUAUCUUGGGAGACAACAUCAGAGACCAAGAAUUAAAAAAGCUUGCAGUAGGAAUCCUCAGAAACAUUUCCAUUGAUGGUAACACAAGGCAGGAGAUUGGGAACAUGAAGGUGCUCAUAACCAGACUGAUGAAGGCAUUCCUCGACUUACAUAGAACCUCCAACACAGAUGUUGAUUUCUUGCUACCAAAGGUCGCCGGGCAAGCACUAGCAAUGCUAGCAAUGGAUAAUGUGCACAACUGCUUAGUUAUGUUGAAGGAACCAGAGUUCAUUACUAAACUCAAAAAUAUGAUCCUGAUCCAAGAUGAAAAGUACAUAUAUGUGGCGCCAAGCCUGUUACGUAGUAUGUGCCAGCAUGCCCAAGCUAAGCUCACAGAAUUAGACCUAAAAGAACUAUCUCACACCUUACGAGAGGUGUUGGAAAGAAUAAUGAAUGCUGAAGGGGCAGAACUAGAGAUUCUCAUUGGCCUUAGUUCACAGAUAUGCAAAGUCAAUCCUGAAGAAUUUGCCCAAGAGCUAGAUCACGGACAUAUUAGGCAAAGAUUUGUGAAGAGGCUAGUGGAUGCACUGAAUGCAAACAUGAAACCAAGUGCUCACUGCCCUGGGAUCCGGAGGGUGAUACUUGAGCAAUCCAUAUACAUGAUGGAGUGCAAUUCUCACUAUGCCAAUUGUUUCAAUGAAUUCCGGAUGAUGGACGCACUGUCAAUUGUAGAAGAAACGCCCUCAAAGGUUGAGAACUACAUGGUUUUCUUGGGUGAUGUAGGCUUUAUGGAAUGCGGCACACCUCUCUUUGCUCUAGUGGACAGAGCAAAAGAACUGAUGGGUCGUCAAUGGUUGCAAGGAAUCAACAACUAAAAGUAAUUGUAUGAGAUGAUUUCUCAUUUACAGUUACAGUGAUUUAGUCUAUUGUGCAUUGCAAUCCAAAUGCCGUAAAUUUUUAGUUGAUGCAUGUUGUGGCCAUGGUAAAAGAAAUAAACAGAAAAUGAUGGCAUUGGAGUCCGAAGGCCAUGCAUAUUACUAACAUGUGGUAAAAAGAAAAAAGUGAAUGUGCACAUGGCCUUUCUAGAAAGAACACGAUUUGCCUCUGAGAUGAGAAAAUACUAUUGUAAUUGUACCUCAUUAGUUUCUUUUUAGAAAAUGGAAUAAACCCGACCUCUACAUCCAACCGGAUGUACACGGCCAACCUCAUUAGUACUGCAUUGUAAUAUGUUUGCCUGCUUUUCUAAUGAUGAUUUGUCCCAUUAUCAUCUCUUGGGGUGAACAAUGCAUAACUGGUAAUAUAUAGAUUGCAGUUCCUGUGCCA